GCCAAAUACUUUGGCAAAACAGAAAUUUGGAAACCUUCUAUCAAUUCGCAACGCCGCAGCCGUAUUCCCUCGAUUUGCCAGGGGCACACCAGCACGACGUCUAAAAUCUUGUCCAGAGCGCUCUGGGUGCCCAGGCGGCCCUUCAGAAUAACCUUGAGUCAUCCCCGCGCCAGAAUGGCUACCAACGCUGCAAUCGGUCAAGAGACCGGGGCGAUAUCCGGAAAUGCAACUCCGAUUUUGAACGAGACCAAAACUGCUGUUGCCGGACAAGAUGCGGGCAGCAAGGUUGGAACUGCAGAGGCUGCAGGUGGUGAGAAGAAAGUGAAGAGCGAAAAAGAGCUGGAGAGAGAACGCAAGAAGGCUGAGAAACAGGCGAAAUUCGACCAAAAGAACCAAAAGAAAGCCGCCGCCGCCGCCUCUGCUGCGUCUAGCAAAAGCAAAGAGAAGAAGGCCAAGGCUGAAAAGAAGGCAGAGGAUGAUGUGCUCCCCCCGUACGUAGAGGAGACACCUGCCGGCGAAAAGAAGAUCAUCAAACCCUUCGACGAUCCCCAGUACAAAGCCUAUAACCCAACCGCCGUGGAAUCCGCAUGGUAUGCGUGGUGGGAGAAGGAAGGUUUUUUCAAACCCGAGUUCACGGUAGAUGGCAAGGUCAAGCCAGAGGGAUCUUUUGUCAUCGUUGAGCCACCGCCCAAUGUCACUGGAAAUCUUCACAUGGGCCACGCGUUAGGCAAUGCUUUACAAGAUGUGAUGAUUAGAUGGAAUCGUAUGCAUGGCAAAACCACUUUGUGGUUACCUGGUUGUGACCAUGCAGGUAUUUCGACUCAGAGUGUCGUGGAGAAUCUUCUCUGGCGUCGGGAGCAAAAGACGCGUCACGAUCUGGGAAGGAAAAAGUUUGUGGACACUGUCUGGGACUGGAAGAACGAGUAUCACCAAAAGAUCAACAAUGUUCAGCGAAGAAUGGGCGGCUCGUUUGACUGGACCCGAGAAGCAUUCACCAUGAACGAGAACUUUAGUGCCGCUGUCACAGAGACCUUUGUGAGGUUGCACGAUGAGGGGAUUAUCUACCGGGCAAACAGACUGGUGAACUGGUGCACAAAAUUGAACACCUCCCUGUCUAACCUUGAAGUCGUCAACAAGGAAUUGCCAGGUCGCACCUUGCUAGACGUACCGGGUUAUGACAAAAAGGUUGAAUUUGGUGUAAUUGUGCACUUCAAGUACAAGAUUGAAGGCUCAGAUGAAACAAUCGAGGUUGCGACUACUCGUGUGGAAACCAUGCUUGGAGACACUGGUAUUGCAGUACAUCCCGAUGAUGAGCGAUACAAACAUCUUGUUGGAAAGAAUGCUGUCCAUCCCUUUAUCGAGGGUCGACUCCUGCCAAUUGUCGCAGACACCUAUGUCGAGAAAGAUUUCGGUACUGGUGCUGUCAAGAUCACUCCAGCUCAUGAUCCUAACGAUUUUGCACUUGGUCAACGACACAACCUCAAAUUCAUCAAUAUUCUGACAGAUGAUGGGAAGAUGAACGAGAAUGCUGGUGCUUACCAGGGGCAGAAGCGCUUUGAUGUCCGAUACACCAUUCAAGAGGAUCUCAAGAAGGCUGGCCUCUACGUUGAUAAGAAGGACAACCCAAUGACGGUCCCAUUGUGCGAUAAGUCGAAGGACAUUAUCGAACCUCUACUGAAACCUCAAUGGUGGAUGAGAAUGAAAGAGAUGGCUGCGGAUGCUCUGCAUGCAGUUGAGUCUGGGGAGAUCAAGAUAUUGCCAGAGAGCGCUGCCAAGAGUUAUGUCAGAUGGAUGUCAAAUGUCAACGACUGGUGUCUUUCCCGGCAACUGUGGUGGGGCCACCAAGCACCUAUGUACUUCGCACAGAUAGAGGGCGAAGAAGGAGAUGAGAGUGACGGAAAGUUGUGGUUUGCAGGUCGAACGCAAGAGGAAGCUGAGCUCAAAGCCAAGAAAGCUCUACCCGGGAAGACCUUCACCUUAAAGAGAGAUGAAGAUGUUCUAGACACCUGGUUCUCAUCUGGUCUGUGGCCUUUUGCCACCCUAGGUUGGCCAAACAAGACACACGACCUCGAGACGUUGUUCCCAACCACUGUACUGGAAACUGGCUGGGAUAUUCUGUUCUUUUGGAUUGCACGAAUGGUCAUGUUCAGUAUUAAGCUUACUGGCAAGGUACCGUUCACCGAGGUCUACUGCCAUUCGCUCAUUCGCGACUCGGAAGGCCGGAAGAUGUCGAAGUCACUGGGCAAUGUCAUUGAUCCCCAGGAUGUUAUUGAGGGUAUCGCCCUGACAGACCUGCACAAGAAGCUGCUGACGGGAAACCUUAACCCUGCUGAGGUUGAGAGGGCUACAAAAUACCAGAAAACUGCUUUCCCGGAUGGCAUUCCACAAUGUGGUACAGACGCACUGCGUUUCGCAUUGGUGGCGUAUACCACCGGUGGCGGAGACAUUGCCUUUGACAUUAAGGUCAUUCACGGAUACCGCAAAUUCUGCAACAAGAUCUACCAGGCGACCAAGUAUGUGCUGGGUAAAUUAGACGCCGACUUUGUGCCCCGGAAGACCGCAGCGUUGACUGGCAAGGAGUCAUUGGCUGAGCGAUGGAUCCUCCACAAGAUGACAACUGCUGCCAAGGAAGUGAACCAAGCUUUGGCCGAACGUGAAUUCAUGAAGUCAACGUCAAUCAUCUACGCGUACUGGUACAAUCACCUGUGCGAUGUUUAUAUUGAGAACUCGAAAGCCAUCCUCCAAGAUGGAACUCCGGAAGAGAAGCGUUCAGCACUCGACACUCUGUACACAGCUCUCGAAGGUGCUCUGACAAUGAUCCACCCUUACAUGCCAUACCUGACGGAAGAGCUAUGGCAACGUCUCCCACGCCGCCCAGAAGACAAGACGCCGUCGAUCGUCGUCGCCAAAUACCCAGUGUAUGACCCAACGAUGGACGACCCCAAGUCCGAGGAGGCAUAUGAGCUUGUGCUAGGCAUCUCCAGGGGUAUCCGAUCACUGAUGGCCGAGUACUCGCUCAAGGAUCAAGGAACAGUCUACAUUCAAACAUACGACCCCGUUUCCCACAGCACCGCAACCUCACAGAUCCAAUCCAUCAAGUCCCUCUCCGGCAAGGGUGUCGCCUCCAUUUCGAUCCUCUCCGCCACCGACUCGCGGCCUCCAGGAUGCGUGGUGUUCGCCGUGUCCGCUGCCGCCGCCGUCUUCCUGCACGUCAAGGGCCGCGUCGACAUCGACGGCGAGAUCCAGAAGGCGAGCAAGAAGCUCGACAAGACCAACCAGGGCAUCGAGCGCCAGAAGAAGAUCCUCGCCGACCCGGGCUACAAGGAGAAGGUCAGCGCCGAGCUGCAGGAGAUCGAGAAGAAGAAGCUGGCGGAUCUCGAGACCGAGAAGAGGGCUUUCGAGGAGACCAUCAAGCAGUUUGAGACGCUGAAGCUGGAAUAG